AGCGCCCCGCUUGGUGCAGGGGUUUUUUGGCGAGCGGCGGGGCACGCUGCCUGAUUUUGCUGUAAUAACGGGUUAGAGGGGGGACGGUACCUUAUCAGCAUGUCGCAGAGGCCCGCCUGAUUUUGAUGGAACAAAGACGGCGGCGUUAUCGGCUCAUGACAGGCGCCGCUUUUUCGUCAGAAAGCAGCUAUCGGGAAAACUCUUCCAAUGGGGCUCCGGAUGGCGUCUGGCGGUGACCUUCAGGAAGGGUGAUGGCGUCGGGGGUCGCGCAGAUCUCGGCCUUGGCCCUGGCGCUUCUCGGCACGGCGGGGGCGUCGCUGGCCACGCUCCUGCCCAACUGGCAGGUCAGCAUGAGGGUGUGGUCCAGCAUGGUGGCCCCCGUAUGGCACACGCGGGGGCUGUGGAUGGACUGCGUGUGGUACGGCGGCGGGGUCUUCAGCUGCGGUGCCGACAAGUCUGCGUCGACGCCGCCCGCCUACAGGCAGGCCACACGAGCCGCCAUGGUCCUGUCCUGCGCAGCGGGGGCCUUGGGACUGUGCCUGACCUCACUAGGGCUCCGCUGUACCCGUUGGGGCGGCGACUGGCGCUCCAAGGGACGGGCAGCCGCAGCGGCGGGGGCCUGCUUUGUCUCGGCCGGCGCCCUGUCCUUGGGACCCGCUUUCCAGUUCGCCUGGGAGGCGCCGACUGUCAAUGAAUACCGGCCCGGCGGGGCACUCUGCGUUGCCUUCGUCUCCGCCGGGUUCCUCCUGGCGGCCGGCGUCAUCUUCUGUCUGUCCCGUUCGUCCGUAUCGCCGGACCUGCCGACGCCCACGGACCCAGAUAGAUACGCACCGCCCCGGGAAGACCGUCGCCCCCCGAGGGCCGGAGGCGAGCGUCGUCCGGCGGAGCCCACUGAGAACGUGAAAGACAGUUACGUCCUACAGGAAUACGUCUGA